CUGGUCUGCAAUUAGAUCAGAGGAAGGCCGGAAAGGGAAAAAAAAAUAAUGGCUGUGUAUUAUAAGUUUAAAAGUGCAAAAGAUUACGACUCUAUUCUAAUUGAGGGUCAAUUCAUAUCUGUUGCCAAUUUGAAAGAACGAAUUUUUGAAUUCAAGCAUUUGGGAAGGGGUACCGAUUUUGACCUCAUGGUCUCCAAUGCGCAGACUAAUGAAGAAUAUGCAGACGAAGCUGCUAUGAUACCCAAAAAUACAUCAGUAUUGAUUCGUCGCAUCCCAGGACGGCCACGGAAGCCCAUUGUUACAGAACGAGACGAGACAAAAGUUGUAGAGGAUAAGUUAGAAGAUCUUCCACCAGCAAGUAACACUUUGGUUGGCGACCCAUCUACCGUGAAAUAUCCUGAAGAAUCUGAAUGGGAUGAGUUUGGUAAUGAUUUGUAUGCUAUUCCAGAAGUCCUUCCUGCUCAGUCAGGCAGUCCAGUGGUAGAUGUUUCUCCUGCAAAUAAGGUUGAUGAGGAUAGCAAGAUUAAGGCUUUAAUUGACACACCUGCCCUUGACUGGAAUCGUCAAACACAAGAAGGUUAUGGUGCUGGAAGAGGCUUUGGUAGGGGAAUGGGUGGGAGGAUGAUGGCUGGUCGUGGUUUUGGCCGAGGUGGGCUGGAGCGAAGGACACCUCCAGCAGGCUAUGUUUGUCAAAGAUGCAAAGUGCCAGGUCAUUUUAUCCAGCACUGCCCCACAAAUGGUGAUCCAAAUUAUGAUGUUAAAAGGGUGAGACCCCCAACUGGCAUUCCUAAAUCAAUGUUAAUGGCAACUCCUGAUGGUUCCUAUGCGUUGCCUGGUGGUGCUGUUGCUGUUCUUAAGCCAAAUGAAGCUGCAUUUGAGAAGGAAAUUGAGGGGCUACCUACCGCUCGUCCUGUUAGUGAUCUUCCACCAGAAUUGGGCUGCCCACUUUGUAAAGAAGUAAUGAAAGAUGCUGUUUUGACUAGCAAGUGCUGUUUUAAGAGUUUUUGUGACAAAUGCAUAAGAGAUUAUAUUAUUAGCAAGUCAGUGUGUGUCUGUGGUGCUACAGGCAUACUAGCAGAUGACCUUCUGCCAAAUAGAACACUUAGGGAAACAAUUAGUCGCAUAAUGGAGUCAACAACCAAUAGUACAGAAAAUGCAGGAAAUCUUGUUCAUGGUCAAGAUAUGGAGUCAGCUCGCCUAGUACAACCCAAGAACCUGUCUCCUACUCUUUCUGCUGCUUCCAAAGAUGAACAUAAACAAGUUCCUCCACUGGAACGUUCUCCAAAUGUGAAGGAAGGGGAGGCUGCAAGCAAUGUAAAGGCUGCAAUAUUUGAGACAAAUACUGUGGAAAAGAAGGUCACUGCAAAUGUGAAUAAAUCUGAAGCAAUGCCGGAAUCAGCGAGUGCAAAAGAACCAUCACCUGAGAGUGCUCCAGUUCCUGAAGAAGGCCAGGAAAAGUUGAUUACUAGAGAGCAAGUUAGAAAGAAGAAGAAGAAGAAGAAGACACGGAUGGCUGGUAACGCUUCUGACAUGCAGUGGAGGGCUUAUCAAGAUUUUGGAGCUGAAAACUUUGCUGGGAUGCCUUUGGCUGCUUCGGGCUACAACCCUUACUGGGCUGGUAGUGGAAUGCCAUUUGGAGUUGAUGGAUACAUGGCAUCUUUCACUGGUCCCAUGCAAUACAUGGGUUAUACGCCUGGCCCCUUUGAUGUUCCUUUUGGGGGAGGUAUUCUUCCACGAGAUCCAUUUACUGCACAAAGUUAUAUGAUGCCAGUAGUUCCAAGGGAUCUGUCCAAUUUAGGCAUCGUGGGUAUGAACCAGGGGCAUGGAUAUUUGACCAGGGAAGAAUUUGAGGCUAAGAAAGCUGAUCUAAGAUGGAAGCGUGAAAUGGACCGACUCAAUGAAAGGGAGAGGGAGCGCUCCAAGGAUAGGGAGCCCAGAAGGGAACCAAAUGGAACCAAUGGCGUUUCUUCAUUGAAGUCGAAGCCCAGGCUGACAUCCCAAGAGGCAAGCGUCGACCGGUCCGACCGAGCAGACCGACACGGCCCGCCCCGCGACUCGGGCCGGCACUCCCCGAGCCGGGCCGGGAAGAGAAGGGCCUCGGACCACGACGAGCCGCCGCCGGCCGAGACUGCCAAGCUGGAUCGGAAGCAGAAGGGCAGCGUUUUCUCCCGCAUCAGCUUCCCGCACUCCUCAUCCGCCGCCGGAGGCGGCGGAGGCGAGGGGGCCGGCAAGAAGAGGAAGUCGUCAGAGCUGCCGCUGAAGAACGGGCUCAGGGACCAGCACGAGUCGGCCCACCGCCGGUCCAGUUCGGACGGGAAUAGGGACGAGUGGAAGGGAUCGAAAGGUGGUGGUUCGUCGUCGGUCGGAGGGGCGGCGGCGGCGGGUACGACCAUGAGUCGAGCGAGGAGUAUUAUCAUUUCAAGAGGAGGCCGUCGUCGUCGUCGAGGAGGGAGGCGGAGGAGGAGGGGCGGCCGGCGAGGGGGUCCAGGGAGAGGGAGACGCAUGAGCGUGGGAGCAAGCGCCGAUGAUUGUGCGUUUGCCUCUGUGUGCGUGUGAGAGAGAGGUC